UAAUUUCCGGUGCUUGCGUAUUAGUGAAUGAAAACGAACUGUAUGUCUGCUAUGAGAGCAUAGAGCGAUGUUCCACCAAGAACGAUUUCACUGUUCCAAGAGAUUUUCACGGCACAGUUCUUUCAUAGCUUGCGUCAAGCACGGAGACAACCUGUCGGUUCUAUCUGUAUUUGGGCGUGAAAACUUUGAGUGGUUUUUUCCUUAAAUCGGACAUCUUUUUGGCUACUGAAAAUCAAUAUCUAUUAUUGAUUAAAAUAAAAAGAAAAAAAGGAACAGGGUUCAGUACAAUUAGUGAAACAGAAAUGGUGAAAAUGGAAAAGUUUCUACUUCGAUAUAAACUAUAGAAGGCAUGUGGGUGUAUACGUGCGUGAAAAAUUAAAGAGAGAAUAAAAAGCAAACACCCUUUGCAUGAGGAAAACUUUCCGUUCUUUGUGUGUUUAUGCAAUCGGAAUUUAUUACAAACAGCCACAAACUAUCUUAUUUGGAGGCCAAACUAGUUAUCAAAGAUUAAUAAUAUUGGCGUGCAGUUUGAUGAGGUGUGACAGUGAAUCAUCUUAAAAGAACAAGACAACGGCUCGUUUUCUAUUUUAAUCUUCUAAAACACCGGCAUUGAUAAAAAAGGGAACUAAAACUAUUUGUUUGAAACCGUAUCACACACUCAAGGCCUAAUGUAAUAUAAAUCCGAAGAAACUCGUAGUUAUCUGCUUUUGAUUGUAGUAUCUGUACCAUACACAUCGCUCAUGCCGCUAACAGUACAACGCUCCGUCAGUAGAGAAUACAUCAAUUAUGAAACAAUUUAUAUGUACUGCAUUUUGAAAACAAAAGCCAAAUGAAAUGUCAAAUUAAAAAUUAUUUUUCCAAGUCUAUUAGCAUAACAUGCGCGAAUCCUUUUCGAGUCUUCCAUAUGGUAUUAUCAACAAAAUAGCAGAAAAAGAAACAAUACCAUCGCAAACAUUUUCUUUUUCAUCAAAAUUCUUAUUUCCUGCGGAUAAAGAUCAUAAAUUUGAAUCAACCAACGUGAACGAAUACGAGCUACGAUCAAAGUUUGGGCAAUUAAGUAUUACACCAAAAGCAGUAACAUUAUCGAGUGAUCAGCAGACUACAAUAAUAAUCACAGGGAAGAUUUCUAACGCCUGCGAGAGUGGAAACAUUAAGGAAAUAUUGGUGGAUAACGAUCCUUUGCAGAAUGUUGUAUCUGAUACUAACAGCCCACAAGGCAACACUAGCAAUCUUCCAUCAACAAUCGUCUCGGCAGCAUCUUCAACUGCUCUGCAUAAUGUGGGAUCAGCAACAUUGGUAGCCUCAGCCGUUACGAGCGUUACAUCGGGUAGCAGCGCCGGUGGAGUAAGCACAAAUCCAGCAACUUCAUCAUCAGCACCAUCUUUUGGUGAACUGGAAGAGCUGCAGAGUAUACUCCAUUUCCCGGAAGAAGUUGCGCUGCGCAUUACAGAUACAGAAUACCAACUGUUUUACCAGGUAACGCCAAACGAUUUUAUCAAUGAUGCAAUUGAUGAGUUACAAAACGAAUUUGGAACAGACUUCGAGUUACAAAGCAGUGCCAUCAAUGGCACAACUUGUAUCCCUGUGGGAAAUAAUUCAACAGAGAACAGUUCUAGUGAAAAGAAAGAAUCGCAAAAUUCUCCAGCAACUCUAACCUCGACAGGCAUUACCAUCAGUGAUAUUAAUGAUAACGUCGGAGUGUCGAGUACAGUGAAAUCUUGUUGCUAUUUAUCAUCACUGAACAACAUAAAAAAACGAUUUGAAGAGACUAGCGCGUGGACCAAUCACUUUGUUCUGACGCAAAGCACACAAGAAGAAAGGAGAGCAGCUUUUGCAUGUUUGUUACGUGUUGCAAUAUCGUGCUGGAACAUCGGAAAUUUUAAUGGUGCUAAAGAAAUAAUAGAAGGUCUAAAAUCAAUCCAAACAGAACACAUCUCGCAGUUAACAACAGACCGAAGCAGAAAUUCAGUUUAUGACUUUCUAGCAACAGUUUUUGAUACAUCGGAAUAUAAAAAUGCCGUUUCUCGAGCAUUGGAUAUUCCAACAUGUCGAACAAUACCUUUUUACAAGAAUCACAUCGAUGAAAUGAAACAUUAUUUAAGAGUAAUUGACCAAAGGACAGAGUGUGAAAAUGAGAAAACUGACAAGUAUUAUUUGGGUGAAUUAAAGCCCUCAGCGUCUCGGGAUAACACUGAAUUUCUGCAAAAGUUGAUGCGUUUGGAAUUACCACUUGACUACUCCACGCCAGCCACAACUCCAACGACCGCCAUUUUAACAAGUGAGUCGGCAGCGGAUCCAUUAGUAUACGAACCUGAGGAAGUUCAUGCAAUUGAUCCGUUCACAACAGAAAUAAUGUUUAAAUGUUCACCGGCUAUGAACACCAUUAAUACAUUUGUGGAUCAUCAUCAGAAACUAUGCGGAGAAGUGGCCCCUUGUUUUCUAGAUUUUCUGCGAUCUGCUUCUAACAGUCCACGACAAACCAAAAUACCAUUAUACCAACCAUCUAAUUUACAAGAAUUGGAAGAAGAUUAUGAAGUUGAAAUUGGUAACUACAAUCCGGUUCAGCCUUUGUACUUUGAUCAUGGCGUAAGCAUUGUGCCAUUGUCUGCUAAAAAGAAUUACAACGUAGAUCAUCAUCUUCUGCAGAUUCUCCAUCACGGAACAACGGCAGUGCUAUGGGAACCUGAGAUUCCUGCUGAUAGAUCUACGUACGUUUAUUUACGUUUAGAACGAUCAUGUGCAAGUAUUUCGUGGCAACGCACGUCAUGGCGAAGAGUUAAAUCGCACUAUGACUACACAUUUAAUCAAAAUCCAGAGGAAAGUAUACCUUGUAGAUUUGCGUCUCGUUUCGCAUCUGCGAAUGAUAUUGAGUCACAAUGUCAAAAUUUGGAGGAAGGCAUGCUAGACUUGGUCACUGUAAAAGACAUCUCGAUGGGUUCAAGAAAUCAUGAAUACGAUCCUGAAAUUUUGGCUGCUGGUAAACGGUUUGGACUAACGCACGUUGAGUGCUGUGUUUCGCUAUUGUACGGAGGUUCUGCAAGCGAAAAUAGAAUAUUAUGUAUUCUCUGCCCGCCUAUGUUAUGCCGUACGUGGUACGUUGGGCUUUACUGGAUGCUUCGAGGAUUCAGACGUCAGCAUUGCCUGAUAGAUCGUUCAAUGCUUUGGCUUAAAGAACUAUACAUACAGUUAUACUUCCAAGAAGGUGUGUGUGCUGAACCAACUGUAGCGGAUGCAAUAAAAUCUUUUGGAGGUCAACUUUAUUUGUCUUCCAUCAAAUCUUCGUCCGGCUUGCAUGCAAAUGAUUCAACCUCCGAACUAACAGCGUCUUCAUCAAUGCCGACGACAAGUAAAAAGGACUCAAAUGCCAAAAUACGAAAGAAAAGAUCAAUGGCCAAUUUGCUCAAUCAGAACAAUAUAAAUAGCCACAGCAGUCCGGCAAUUGAUUACACUCUCAGCGAUGUUGAAAAAAUAAGAACAGCCGAACGAAGAAAAGAACGAAAUGGUUCUCAUGAUCAGCUUUGGCAAAAUAUGAAAAAUUUACGAAUUGGAUCUGUAACGCAUGAUACGCAACUGGACUUUCUCAGUUAUGUAUCGCUUUAUCGAUCAUUCAGUGUUUUAACGAGGCCGGAUCUACGUGACAUUUUUAACCAACUAGCUGUAGUAGCUGUGAGUCGCAAUGCGUUUAACGGAGAGAAAAGUAGAAGUGCGCCAGAGUUGUCAGAUGUGGCUGUGAAACGAAAAAUCGGUCUUUUAACUAGAAAUUGUUCGUUAGAUUUGGAUCUAUCGGAUACGAAGCACACCAGAAAAAAGCAUUUUGAUGCUAUUGCAGCAUCGAGCAUUGCGGCAAGUAAUGAUUAUCUCCAAUGUAGUAACAAAGUAAUAACAAUGGCAACACUAAAAAAAUUCCUGGAAACACGCCAGAUGGAAAUAUUAGGCGACGAAGAUGUCAAAUCUAUAAUUCAACGUCAUGAACCUGAGGCAAUGCAUCGCAUUGAAAACUGCAUGAGCUUUGAAGGGUUUGCACGAUAUAUGAUAGACAAGGAUAAUUAUGCGUUCCUUAGCGAAAUUAUGCCAGAAAAUUCUUAUAUGAAUCUUCCGCUUUCGCAGUAUUACAUAGCUUCUUCUCAUAAUACAUACCUUACCGGACACCAACUAAAAGGAGAAAGUUCGGUAGAAUUGUACAGCCAAGUGCUACUGACAGGAGCACGAUGUGUUGAAUUAGACUGUUGGGAUGGAGACGAUGGCACACCUGUUAUUUACCAUGGCCAUACUUUUACUACGAAGAUACCUUUUAGAGCAGUGGUUGAAGCAAUAAAUAAAUCUGCCUUUGUGCAGUCCGCCUAUCCUGUAAUUUUGUCCAUCGAAAAUCAUUGCUCUGUAGCACAACAACAAAGAAUGGCAAAUAUUUUCCAGUCCAUCCUUGGUGACAAGUUAGUAACCAACUUUUUAUUCGAUCAAGAUUACACUGAUGAACCCCAUUUGCCUUCUCCGCUUUCGCUUAAAAAUAAAAUACUCUUAAAAAAUAAAAAACUAAUAGUAGAGGUUCCUCCCACGCUAACUACCGGACUGACGCGCCAAAACACCUAUAAGCAAUCGAAUUUAUCCAGUAGAGCAAGUUCAAUUAUUUCCAAUACAAGUGGCAGCUCCUUGAAUGAAGAAUACAGUGAUGAUGAAUAUGAAGAUGAUGAUGAUUUUGACAAUAUUGAUGAAAAAACAUAUCACGGAAACUGGGGAUCAAUAGAGGAUAAGUCCAGACAUAGUUUGUCUCAUGCAAACAUCUCAACACCAACGAGACAACGUCUUGAACAACAACAUGUCCAAUUGCAGCAACAACAACUAAUUCAACAACAACAGCUUCAAAUUCUACAGGACGAUAGAUCUCGUAAACGCAGUAACCAAAUAGCACGAGAACUGUCCGACUUGGUGAUCUACAUUCAAGCUAUCAAGUAUCGAGGGCUGAAUCCAUAUAGUCCUCAUGGUUCCAUACGUGCCAACCCUAAACAGCAACUAAAAGCAAGUGGAAGUGUAGUUACUGUAGGUAGCAUUUUAAAAAAUAGUUCUGGUGACACCUUAAGCCUGCCGUCGUCUAGCCAUUUAUCCGACAGCGUUUCGUUGAACUAUGAUACCUCGAGUAUCAGCGGCAGCGAAAGCCAUCUUUCAACAACUACUCGCACUAGAAGCAUCCCGAAUGCAAAUCACCCUUGCUAUCAGUGUGCUUCAUUGAAUGAAGCCAGCGCUAAGAAGUUAUGUCGCAAAGAUCCUUCCGGGUUGAUAGCUCAUACAGAAACUCAACUGAUGCGUACAUAUCCGGCUGGCCUACGGAUAGAUUCAUCUAACUUCAAUCCCGUAUUUUUUUGGUCAUUUGGUUUUCAGAUGGUAGCGUUAAACUACCAAACCGAAGACAUGCCGAUGCACAUUAAUAAGGCGAUGUUUGAAGAAAACAAUAGUUGUGGUUAUGUACGUAAGCCUGAUGUUCUCUGGAAUCGAUCUCACUUGAUGUAUCGGCGGUUUAAUCCAUUGGAAAAAGAAUUUGAUGGCCUCCACGUAACACAAUUGGUGAUAAACGUUGUUUCUGGACAAUAUUUAAACCAGGCAACUUGUGGUUCUACAAUUCAUAUAGAAAUUGAAUUGUUGGGUAUACCUAUAGAUUGUGGCAGAAGAAAAACAAAGCCAGUAAAACAUAAUCUAUUUAAUCCGGUCUGGAAUGAAACAUUCUUCUUCAAAAUAAUGUUUCAUGAUUUAGCAUUUCUUAAAUUUACGUUGUACGAGUCAGACAAUGUGGUGGUUGCGCAAAGAGUGAUAUCUUUGAAAUGUUUUAGGCCAGGUUAUCGACAUGUUCGUCUAAGAACUCCAACUAAUCAGCCAUUCCACAUGGCGUCCCUUUUCGUAUACACGCGUGUAGAGGAGGAAGGCUUGGACCGCUCGUAUGGUGAAAUUGAUGAACAGUAUCUACAGCAGUCGCGUUUAGCAACCAGAAAAGAUAUGGUGGAAGAUUCGGAGCCACUUUUGGAAAGUAAAGUACCUCUUCUAAAACGAAAAACAUUUUUUUGUACUAUAUAUGAUGCAGUGCCGAAUAAUCCUUUUACUAUUCUCAAAAUUACACAAGAAUGCACAACGAAAGAUGUACUUAUGAUGGUGCUACAGAAAAUACAUAAACAAAGAGCGGAUAUUACAAAUUAUAUACUGAUAGAGGAAGUUUACACAGGCUGGGAGAAAAAGGAUAAAAGACAUCCACCAACUCAGCGUGUUCUGGACCUAACAGAAAAGCCACUUCAAGCUCAAGCUAGUUGGAAAGGCGACGGUCGAUUCAUAUUGAAACAAAUAGGAAAUGAUCCAAGCAGCAGAGCAUGGGUGACAUCUAUCCGUCGAAGUGCGGAUGCAAGGCGUGCCUCAAUUGCGACUACAACGGGAGGAGGAGAAACCGCUGGCGAUAAGGAACCUGGAACUGCUGCCGAUGAUCCUUUGGCGCUGGAGAAUGUUGACAAUUUUCUGGUGUGCGUGUACAAUGUCUCUCAUGACAUACCGUACGCAAUAUUACGAGUACCUAUCAAAUCAACAGCACAAGACGUUUUGGCUCAGGCCUUAUUAAAAGCACGCCGCAUUGACAACCCCAAUAAUUUUUUACUAGUCGAAGAACUUAACUUUAACAACAAAAGCAAUGACACAAUGCAGCGAAUUUUGUUGGAUGAUGAAAAUGUUUACAUGACACAGGCCAACUGGAAAUCGAUAGGUCGUUUUGUGAUACAUGAACGAAACCAACUAACUCCUUCAACGAUUCGCAAAACGAUCUUACCGAUAGAGAAAAUAAGUAGGGGAUUCAGUAUUAGUAGAGGCUCCUCGUCUUCUUCAACAUCUGUCCAUUCGACAGCAGCGAAAUCACCAAUCCAGGUGGCUCUCAGUGAUCCCACUACAUCAAGAAUUAAAUGUCGCUCAGCAGAUGUUACAUAUCAUGGUACGAAGUCCAAACCAUCGCGCGAGCUAGGGUCCGCUUAUCAGGGCUCUAGUGGAGGACGCCACAAGUAUAGCUCCGAAAAAGAUACUUCAUUUUCGAGUACGAGUAGUAGCAGCAAUGCGACCAACAACUCAAAUAACCGUAGAGAAGUUCAUUCCGAAGGCGAAACGCUAAGCGACGAAGAAAGCAAAGAUAGUGAUAUUCUAUCAACCAUGUCGCGUUUCAAACGAAUGUCGAUUAAAAAACUAAAAUCCUGGAAAUCAUAAAUUGUUGCCGCUCAUUGGUCCAAUCAUUAUGAUUUCAUUGGAUAGGGAUGCACAAGUAGGAUACUAAUCAUCGUAACCCUAGCAAUCAUCUUACAACAUAAUUUUCGUUUUCUGUAUACAAGAUGUGAAUCAAAGAUCGUUCAUAAAUUCGAAAUGAAAGAAUUAUUUCGAGGCGGAACCAGAAAAUUUCAUAUAGUAAUAAACCAUGACAUUAAAAAGCGCGUUUAUAACAUUAAAUAAAUAACAAGCGAAAACUAUGUGAUAAUUAUUAAUACACUAAACCAAAUAACUGUAAUAUCGGAUUGACCUUUGGUUGGAAUUUUAUCAGAAGUGACAGAAAAAAUUCAUAUACAAAACAAAUAACCUUCCUUCCAAGAAGUCUCGUUUCACCUUACUCAAAGGUUAAAAAAAUGCAACAUAAUCAAAUAGAUCGAUCUCUAGGAAUGGAAAAAAAAACUAUAUUAACGGAACCAAACCGAAAAGUAUUUCUUUUCUUAUGAAAAGACAAGCUGUGUUAAAAUGGAAUGCGUUAUGUUAUUGUUGAAAAUGCACUAGAGUAUUAUAUUGAUAAGUAAAAUGCUUUACCAUCACUUGAACAUGAAUGAAUUAAGAGUAUUUUUAUUUUCUGAUUACUGGGUCCAUAGAAUGAAACGAAAUGCAACAUUAAAAUAAACCACUUAUUCUUGGUGUUUAUGUGUGUCAAUCUGAGGUUUGUACGAAUAUUUAUGAUCAUUAUAAAUAUAAUUAGUGACGAUUUGAAAAUUAACAUUGAAAUAAAGUCGUUUAAAAAGAAAACUAUUAAUAUACAUAUUGUAAAAACUGAAAAUAAUGUUAGAAUUUUUAUAACAUGUUUUUUUUACCACAAAA